UCAUUUGUGCUGCGGCACUCCACAUUUUCGCGUUCGUCGUUCAUAGAGUCGAGUCUACGGUAGUAUUGAAUUCAUUCAUUCGGAACAGAUAUAGCCAACCAUGACAAUGAUGAAGGCAAUUCUCUAUCUAACCUUGCUGCAAUGGAUUGCGUGUCUCUGUACGGCGGACCAUGACUAUGAAGCCACCAGUGCGACUCACCCCCCUCCAUCCAACAACAACAACCUUCGCACGAUGACCAUGCCAAGACGAAAAAAAGGAUCCCGCAAGUCAUCAUCCUCUCGUCGUAUGGAAAUGCUUCCUUCAUCGUCAUCCAAGGAAGCCACUAACAACAGUAAGCGCAGUGGCAAUCAAAUGACUUCUUCUAAUGCUGCACGAGUGCGAGGUACUUCUUCCAACAGUUUGGGCAUGAUGUCAUCCAGAAGCAACAAAUCGUCGCGACAAAAAAUGGACAUGGCCACUCGAACCGUCAUGGGUAUGCUACCCAAUCAUGAUAAUGACAACAACUACAUUCAAAGCGAACGACUGCUACAGAUUCGGGAUCAACUCAUCAAGCAAAACGCCAAGAACGAAGAAGCCAAGGACGGCGAAGACGAAGACGAACGGGUGGGAUUUGGAUUCUUUGGUCUGGGCAAUAGUGGAUAUGAUGGCACCAUUGCCGAUACCGCCGUGGAUGAAGAGUUUGAAGCCUGUCUCAGGAAUGGAGCUGGGUUCAACACCCGAGGAGGAGGAGGAGGAAGAAACAAGGGAAACAACCGCGCUCGUCGAGGCAAUCGCCCCACGGGUCGACUGGGAUUCUUUACCAGCAAGAGUGCGAGUGGCUCUGGAAGUGGCUCUGGAAGUGGAUCCAGUAGCGGCAGUGGUUCGGGAAGUGGUUCUGGAAGCAUGAUGGGCAAGAGUGGUAGUGGAUCCGGUAGUGGAAGUGGAAGUGGCAGCGGCAGCGGCAUGAGCGGCAAAUCCAGAAGCAAGAGCAAGGGUUCUGGAAGCUUUUCCGGCGGUAGCUUUCGAAGUGGAAAUAAUAAUGCUCGUAACAACAACGGGAUGAUGAAAUACAGUGCCAGUAGAAAACGGGAAUGUCGGCUCGAACGUCGUCAAAGAAACCGAGCAAAGAACAUGAUGAACAACAACAACCGACAAAACAGACUUGCCGACUACAUUGUGGAAUUGGAUCAAAAAGUGGAUCAAUACUUUACGUCUGCCGAUGCCAAAACGGCAAAACAAGCCUUUCAUCUUCGAUGGCCUCAUCAAUUUCAUGAAAAGGAUGGUACUCCCAAACAGCACCAUCAGCACUAACCCACGUGCUCCCUCUACCGGUAUGCAUUUGCAUCCAAUGGUGAUGCUGUUUCUUGUUGGCCCAUCAGCCAGCUGUGACAGACUGAAUGAAUAAGAAGUAUGUGCUACUCGUUGACCUUGGGUCAGCUGUGAGUCGUUCUAUGAUACUCAAUAUCAAGUUGUCUGAUCUAUACUAUACUAUUGGAGUGCUGUACUAACGAUUUCGUCCCAAAAGAUUGAUUGAGUGUGGACAAACAUGGCAAUCUUGUGAAGCUUUUUGUAAUGACGACGCAAUGGUCUCUUGUACUCCUGGCUAAUUAGAUCUAGUAGUUAAUGACAAAGGAUACUGCUUGAAUACUACCGGUACUCUCUACCCCUGAUGUUAGUAGUAGAACUACCCGUAGCGAUGCAUUCGACUCGACUCUUUCGCUGGAAUCGAAUCGCUCUACACUAAUGUAAUACAAAAGAGUAUUUUCCUC